AUGACAUGUUUGACUCCACCCUCAUCAUCAGUACCAUCAACAUUACAAUCGUUCGAUAUGAUUGCCGUUUCAAAGUAUUACUAUCUGACACCUAUUCGAUCAUUGUUGGCUGUCCUCGAUCGGGGCGAUGUCAACACUGGCCUGGCAAUAUUCGAUCACUAUCCAGAGGACUUUGGACUCGACUCAGUAUUUUGGAAAGACAUGGAAUGCCAUCAUAUUGCCUUCAUUGCUGAGCAUCGUCCAGACCACCCCCAUCCAUUGUCCAUUAGAGACCUACACUCAAUGGUCAAGUAUGUAUGUCGUGAUGAGCUAUCACCAGAGCAUGCCUACAUCUAUCUCUUCAACUCGAGCGAGUGCCUGGAAGAUGACGAUAUCAAGGUUUGUGAAUAUCGCUUGAAAACAUUGGCGUGCUCAGCAGGGAUCUCACUUCCUUUCAUGAAGCUGGUGCAUGAGCGUACUGGCAUUGACUAUGGAUACCGAAGUUUGAGGAGAGCAAUCAAGAAGGGAUGUCUCGAGACCAUCGCAUUCCUCUUUGAACAGCCCACACUCCGACCUUAUACCGAUAGCAAAGGCAAAGGCAAACUGAACGAUCUGAAUCCGUCUCUACAAAAACUUGUGCAAUCACACGCUGCAACGAUAGAUGCCAUCGAAUUGAUUAGACUCCACAGACCAUCACUAUUCAACAACAAUCCAAGCUCAUUGGCGAUAUGUCGCUCAGCGCUGGACAACCCAUCAUCAGAGGUGACCAAUCAUGUAGUGUCAAUAUCUUGGGACUCGGUCAGAUUACAUAACCUCAAUGAUAAUAUACGAAUAUUCAUUGAUCGAGCAUAUGAAUGUGACAAGUUUGGUGUACUCAAGUUAAUGUUGUUAGAUCAACAACAACAAUCAAACAACAAUAUAAUGAUUUCAAUGAUGACACCAAAGAUGGAGACAUUGAUAAAGAUGGCAAUUCAACGAAUACUCCAACUCUUGCUAGACAAGGCACUGACAAUGGGUAAUAUGCGAAUCAUUCAAUUAUGCAGCCAAAUGAUCCAAGCAUACCAGCACCAUCAUCAUCAUCUCAAGAUACGCUUGGAUUGUUUGGGCAUUGCCAAUGACAAACUUGUCAAAGGUCGAAAGUUAUUGGACAAUAAUUCACAUAUUGAUUACAUUCGAUAUGGUGCCUAUGAUUGGUUCGUCAAAUCAUUCAACAACAUAUCAUCGUCAUAUCCACUAUACAACACCAUGUUGCUCAAAGAGGCACUCAAACGAUAUGAUAAACCCAUUCUCCACGCACUCCUUACCAAUCCAUCAAUGACACUUGUGGUUGAUGAGUACUCAUCGGCCAUCACCAACUUUAACGACUUCAAUGACAACCGAUGGCAAUGGACAGUAACACAACUCUAUCAGAUGUCAAACUAUUCCAUCCCCCGGUAUGGCAAUCAUUGGUACAUGUUCAGACAUCCUGCACUGCUAGAUCUGUUGCUCAAACUAAUGGGUGAUCAUCAACAACCAAUAGUAUUUGACCGAGAGCCCUAUAGAUCUGAGUUGGAAAACUCAUGGCUUCAAUGUCAUCAUGAUGUAGACUUGGCAUUGGAGAUGUUCAAGACGUUGCAUAUGAGGAAGUUGAUCACACUUGUAGCAAUAAGACGUGUGCUUAAUGGCUUGAUCACGUUCAGAUCAAUCACACCAAUCAUUAGAUACAUCAUUGAGGAGGCAUUACCCCAGGUAAAGAGUGAUCAAGGUUUUCUUCGACACUGUUACCAGUCAGGCAAUGCUCAGGUGAUCAACUUCUUAUCGCCAAUAACCCAAGCAACACCUGGCGAGUUCAUUGAAGCGAUGAAGAGUGGACAUCAUGAGUUGGUCACCAUUCUCUAUGAUCAUGUGAAGGCUGUCAUCAAUCCAAUCGAUGUCCUUCCAAAUGUGUUACGAUAUGGAUAUUUGGAAGUCGCCAUCUUCAUACUUGAUGUCAUGUCAAGGUCAGCACCACCAACUCCGCCAUCACAGACCAUAUUUGUGAUCAAUGACAUCAAACCAAGUAUUAUCUCACUUAACCUGAUCAGACGACUACUGGAAAAUCAACACUUGGCCAAUAGCCUUGAGUUCAAUUUUGGUCACAUCAUGUACCAUGCUAUCAUGAUGGGCGAUCGAGCAUUAAUCGACCACCUGGAGACAAAUCUAGAGGGCGACCCAAGAGUGACCACAAAGACAGACUACCAAGUUGCUUUGGGCGCUGCUGCCACAGUUGGCGAUGUACAAUCUGCCAUGAUGAUAAUGAGCAAGCAACGUCAUCCAUUCAUUCCACUGGAAUGGAAAUCUCAUACUCAGUUUGUCACGACCAGGGAUGGGGAGAAAAUCGAGGUAAGCGAGCCAAACCGACAAAUGCCAUGGAGAAGUAUGGACCAUGAUGUAGGCUUGCUCAUAGCAAGAUACUACAAAGACAAUGGAUGGAGUAUCUUGCUUUGCGAUCUAUAUUCAAUGAUCAAAGGACUUGGUCAACGAGAUGUCAAACUCACUGAGCAGGUGGUUAUUGAGUUUAUCGACACAUUGUCAAUUGACAUUUCGGCGGUCAAGUUGGACAACGAGUCCAAUUUACUCAACCCCUGCUUUGUGGCGCAAUUACUGGCCCAUAAACUUCCAACCAAGUCGCAUAGGAUUAUCAAGCAUGUAUUGGCAAUUGAUCUACUUGGAGAUUUGAUUACAAUAUCAUCUUCUGCUACUGCUGGUGAUGAUGGCGCGAAUGUAUCAUCAAGGGCAAGAGCAUCGGGAGACAACAGAAGAGAUAAGUUUGGUCGCAGCAGCAGUAAUACAUACACAAAGACUGGCACUGGCACUGGCAGUACAGGCUAUAAGAGGAAGCCAACACUACAUAGAGUAUCAGGCGAGACAGGAUUCAGAAGUCAGAACAAAUAUACAAAGCUAUCACAACGAAUGAAGACAGAGGCUUCGUCAGGCCGCGAUAUCAAACGCAAGGAGUAUCAGUCGAACAAGGUGGUCGUCGACAAGCCCGACGAGGACGUGACGGUCAUCCACUCAAAGUCAACAUUUGUCGAUGGUCUCAACCCUGAGCACGCCGGCUCAGGCUCAGCGUUCACGCGACUCGGUCUACACAGACAGCUGGUCGACGCGAUGAAGACCGAGAUGGACAUAUCCAUCCCGUCCACCAUCCAACAGCUGGCCAUCCCCGAGAUCUUGGCCAAGAAGAAGGACGUAUUGUUCGUCUCUCAGACUGGUACGGGCAAGACCCUGACCUAUCUGCUACCGAUCGUCCAGCUGAUUAAGCAGUCAGAGCUGGCUGAGAAGGAGCAGGAUCCGGACAAGGAGCGUCUAGCCAUGCGUCCACGUGUGGUCGUGCUGGUGCCGACCCGCGAGCUAGUCAAGCAGGUCACGGCGGUGGCCAAGCAGUUGUCGCACGGCUACAAGUUCUCGUGCAUUGGUAUCUCGGGUGGCGGUGGAGGCGACCUCAGCAAACAGAUCAAGAGUUACAGAGAACGUCCAUACGAUGUGCUGGUCUCGACACCUGGCAUCCUUAUUCAAAUGAUCGAGAACAAUAACCUAUUCUUUGGCAUGUUGGAGUAUUUGGUCGUGGACGAAGCGGACUCGAUGUUCACCAAUGGCAAAGGAUUCGAUGAGGACAUGAAGAAGAUCCUCGCACCAAUAGAGUAUCGACUAAAGAACAAGUCUGUGCCCAACUACAAGACUGUGCGAGCAGUGUGCUGUAGUGCAACCCUCACCGAACAGCUCAUGGCCUCAAUCAAGGCAUUGUUUCCUGACAUCACCAAAGUAUCAACACCUUAUAUACACAAGUCACUCAACACUCUGGAACAACAGUUUAUUAGUGUAAAGACUGGCGAUAAGCAUGAGGCAUUGUUGAGAGCAGUGCAGCCAAGUGGAAGCAAGAAGAUAUUGGUGUUCUGCAACACACCAGACUCGUGUAGGUCGACCGAAUACUUCCUCACCGAGAAUGGAUACUCGGCCACAUCACUGCACGGCCUGAUCCCCAACAAGAUACGUGCGAUCAACUGGAGGAACUUCACCGAGGGCGAUGCCAAGAUCCUCGUGUGCACCGACAUUGCCUCGCGAGGCAUCGACAACAAGAUGGUGGACCACGUCGUCCUGUUUGACUUCCCCUCCAACCCCAUCGACUACCUGCAUCGCAUUGGCAGGACAGCGCGCGCCGGACAGCGUGGCACCGUCACCUGCAUCAUCGCCAAGAGAGAUCAAGUGUUGGCCAAUGCCAUCCAAGAGGCGCUGCGUCGUGGCGACAGUCUGGAAUCACUCUCAUCCCAAAAGAGAUUGAACGUUCAGCUGAAACAGAGGCAGCAUCAACAGAGGCAGCAGCUGAAGCAGCAACAUAAGUGA